GGGACAUUCAUAUCAUCUUAUACACUCAAAUCCUCUCAUGUUCUCGAAGUACUUGGGACAUUUACACAAUCACAAUCAUUCAAACUCUUUCAUUCACUCAAACUGUUUCAAACAUUCAAAGUCUCUCAUGGACUCAAAGUACUUGGGAUAUUCACACAAUCACAAUCAUUCAAAUUCUUUCAGAUAUUCAAAACACUUGAGAUAUUCAAACCCUUUCAGAUAUUCAAAACACUUGAGAUAUUCAAACCCUUUCAGAUAUUCAGAACACUUGAGAUAUUCAAACCCUUUCAGACAUUCACAUCAUCAGAUGUUCUCAAAGUACUUGAGACAAUAGAUCUAUCACUGUCGCUCUUUCCUUCAUCACACCUUCCUGUUGCUGUUAUUCUACAUGUGUGCUAGACCCACCAUGGGGCCAUUUUGUCCUGUUUGCUCACAUCUGAACUGAUCUAGUCCCUUUAUGGACGAGUUUGUCCUGUUUGUCCUAUUUGUCCUGUUUGCUCAAACUUGAAUCGGGCUCGCACGGACCAUGCCAUUUUUCUAUAUAAACCCCCUUCCACUCCCCUCAACUUCUCUCUCUUCCUUUUUCAUUAUGGACGCUGACCUAUCUCGACUAGGGCACCGGCCUUUGGCAUUUCGAUCCUCCUUGCCUACGUUGUUCUCGCCGCUUCUUACCUUCUCCGACGCGCCAGUUUGAGUCAGUGGAUGUCUGGAUUUAUCGGUCUGUUGUCACUGGCGGGCUUUUUUACGCUUGUUAGUUACCGACUGCUUCCGGCCUUGAUCAUAUCCUUCUUCCUGUUCGCCGUCUGCGUUGUCUGGCAGAUUGUCUGGUUUGAUUCUAGACAUUUUUCAAGAGUUGUAACCUUCGCCAUAAGCCAAAUUCGACCCUGGACGCUGCUUCUGAUUAGUCUGGUUUCGAGCAUCGCUACAGCUUUAUCGUACGCUGGUUUUCUCGCCGUUCUUUAUAGUUUGAAACGGAUUUGGGAUACGGCUGUUCCUGGAUGUACUAAGGAUCGAAAUUUGUACACGUCACGCUUCAUCGCUGCGAUUAUUCUACUCUCUGCCACGACAUAUUGGUUUACGCAUGUCAUAUCUUCCUUCGCGCAUAUUCUGGGCGCCAUUGUCGCUAAGAAUCACGUAAUUCUCAAUGUACAAAAAGAAUCCGGACAAUCAUCGAUUCAAAGAAAGCAAAUCCGGGCGAUGCUUAGGUCAACUUACAAUAGCGUAUGCUACGGUGCGGGUCUCGUUUCUUAUACUGUUUUCCUGAAAGAUCUUGUCAUCGGUCUGGGGCAAAAUAUAUCUCUCGGCCCGACAUCCCCCUUCCUAUCAAUAACUGGUGCCCUUUUGUUGACGGUUUUGACGUUUAUCGGACCUUUUCACGGCGCUCUUGACAGAACGAAUUCUCCUUGGACCUUUUCAAUGAUGGCUCUUGAUUCGACUAAAUACUGGCACGCUAGCAAAGCCGGUGCUGCCUUAAUGUCCGCAGCUGGUUUGAACAUUCUCAAAGAAACGGGAUUGUUCCAAAUGAUCGAAUACUUCCCCGUCUUGAUUGGUGUCGUCAGCGCUGUUUCCACGUUCCUAUUGGUCACCCUUAUCCCCGGCCCCAUUGUGGAAUACAACGAUAUUCUAGUAGCCGAAGUUCUGGUUGCUUUCGCGUACUUUGGAGGUUCACAAAUUUCUCGAGCUGCAUUCGCUCCAUUCAAUGGAGCUAUGUGUACCAUUUUCGUUAUGAUGGCAAGAGAACCGGCUAUUUUUCAGGAGCACUAUGGAGUGGUUUGGACUCGCUUAGAAGAAUUCAACCCCAGUGUUGCCGAGGCGUUGUUGAAGUGAAGGAAUGGAGAUUUGAUUGUCGAGGUUGGAGGGGGACAAUGAUAUGCUGGAUGGGGGUGGUUAGUUGUGGCUGGUUGGUCUGAUGGUGGAGAUUUGAUGGUGGAUGUUCCAGAGGGGCUUUGAUAUGCUGGGUGGGGGUGGAUACUUAUGAUUGUUGAUUGGUCUGCUGGUGGAGAUUUGAUUAUCAAGGCUGGAAGGGGACUUUUAUAUGCUGGGUGGAAAUGAAUAAUUACAAUUGCUUGGUCAGAGAGACAUCGGUGGUUAGUUACUUGAGAUUGAGAUGAACAUUAGCUUGACGAGGAAGAUGGACUGAGAUUAAUACUGGGGUUUGAUGAUGAGCUAUUACCAUGAAUGAGAAUACACCUUCUUGCUCUCGAUA